UGCAGGAACCCCCCCCCCCCCUAAAAAAAAAGAAAGCAAAUCAACACCAAAGCCAACGAAGAAAGCCCUUCAAAACCCUCUCGCCUUUUCUCCUCUCUUCGCUCUCUUCUUCUCCGCUCUUUCCACUUUCCCUCUUUAUUGGAGGGAUUUGAACCCCCUCUCUCUCCACUAGAAACCCUAACCCUAAUUGUUCUGUCUGACUUCUUUAUCGCUCUCUUUGCUCCGGUCUACGGGAUUUGUUGGGCGAAAUCCCUCAUCGUUAUCGCCAUUAAAGAACUCGCAAGGUCUCUUUGUCUGCUCGAAAUGGAAGGGGGCGCGGGGGCGUACAAUCCGCGGACGCCGGAGGAGGUCUUCCGGGAUUUCCGAGGCCGCCGGGCUGGAAUGAUUAAAGCUCUCACCACCGACGUUGAGAAGUUCUACCAGCAGUGCGACCCCGAAAAGGAAAACUUAUGCUUAUAUGGACUUCCAAAUGAAACAUGGGAAGUAACCUUGCCUGCCGAGGAAGUUCCUCCUGAACUUCCAGAACCAGCAUUAGGAAUUAAUUUUGCUCGAGAUGGAAUGGAUGAGAAGGAUUGGUUGUCACUUGUUGCAGUCCACAGUGAUUCAUGGUUAUUGGCUGUUGCCUUCUAUUUUGGUGCGCGUUUUGGGUUUGAUAAAGAAUCCAGGAAGCGACUCUUCCAAAUGAUAAAUGGUCUCCCCACUAUAUAUGAGGUUGUGACAGGAACUGCCAAGAAGCAAUCAAAAGAAAAGCCCAACAGCAGCAGCAAGAGCAAGUCUGGCUCAAAGCCAUCACGUCAGUCUGAGCCCCAUACAAAGGCCCCAAAGAUGCCUCCACCAAAAGACGAGGACGAGAGUGAAGGAGAAGAUGAGGAGGAUGAAGAAGAGCAUGGGAACACGUUGUGUGGUGCAUGUGGGGACAACUAUGCCAAUGAUGAAUUCUGGAUUUGCUGUGACAUUUGCGAGAGAUGGUUUCAUGGCAAGUGUGUCAGGAUCACUCCUGCUAGGGCUGAACACAUCAAGCAGUACAAAUGCCCUGCUUGCAGCAAUAAGAGGGCCAGAGCAUGAUGGAACUGGAAAGCUUGUGGUUGUUUUAGAGAUAGGGGCGGUAGAAAUACAAAGGGGGGGAACCAUUUUGGAUGCAGCAGUGAACAAACCUGCGUGCUUGAGUCUUGAUCUCAGUUUAGACUUGAUUUAGUCAUAUUGGACAUGUUCUUGUUGAUAAUUGGUGUCUAUUUAGUGUCAACAGCCGGUAAUUGGUGAUGUUUCUUUUAUGACCGAACACUUUCUUAGCUAAUCUAGUAGAGUGCUUCCUUUGGCAGACCUUUUCUACUGCUUCAGGACCUCUGAUUUCUUUCUUGGCUA